UUACAGACCGCAACAUUCAUAUGAUAUUUUUUUUUGUUGUUGUUUCUGUAUCUGUAAUUUUAUACGCGUUUUGAAUGGAAGAAAUCCAGUGAAAAAAAUCCCAAAGUGAACAAGACAGAGAAGUUUCGUGGCAGUUCGGGUUCAGACGCCCAAAUUUAGACCAGUUGGAAUUACAACUACUUCCUACUCUCCUGCCUGGAAAAGCGGUUAUCUGGCGUCAGUAGGACGGAGCCUGUUGUUUAGGCCACGCAGCGGAGUUGCACAAAGAACACAAAGUGUGUAUGGAGCAGUGUGAGAAUGCCGCGUCUCUCCUGGCGUCCGUGCGCGAGCAGGAGAUGCAGUUUGAGCGUCUGACUCGAGCUCUCGAGGAGGAGAGGAGGAGCGUGGGGCCACCCGGUACCCUGCCCCGUCCCCUCCCCACGCUUCAGAACGGGCGUAUCCCUGGUGAUGCAGAGUUAGAGCGGCUCAAAAUUAACGAGGGAUACAUCAACGGGACACAGUACAGGAUGUUGGACCCAGGUCACCUUGUCGAGGAGAUGGUUACAGUGGAGGAGGACCCCCAGGAGAUGAUACCAGUCGUUUCUGUUGAAACUAGUGAAGAUGGCACCACACGCCGCACUGAAACCACUGUCAAGAAAGUCACUAAGACCACAACCACUCGCACCGUUAUACCCUCAGUCUCUGAUACACUCUCUCUGGAUGGUACUGGUUCUGUCACCGGUGUGGGUGGGUAUAAUACUCCUAUAGAUCGCGUGUACAGGCAGCCAGGUCACAUGGACUACCCAACCCAUACAGUUCCUAGAAAUUACCACUAUGGGCCACCAGGAGGAUACGAUGAUUACCGUAGUGGACCACCCUCUGAUACCUAUGCCAGUCUCAACCGAGGGGCCCGUAUGGAUGAUCGUUAUAGACCUGUGGAUGGCUACCGAACAUUGGAUCCUGGCUACCGUGUUCAUAGCAGGCCCCAGCUGGACCCAUAUGCAGCCCAGCCACAGGUAGGGCGCAUGGGCAGUGCCAUGGAGAUCUCUGGCAUGCAGCGAUUUGUUCCAGAGCCCUAUGGUCUAGAGGACGACCAGAGGAGCAUAGGAUACGAUGAGCCUGAUUAUGGCAUGGGGCAUAUGCACUACAGCACCAUGCCCCGGUUAGGACAUCAUGCUCCGCCUCCACGCAGGACUGGAUCCUAUGAGGGUACUCUCGAUGGAGAGAUGAGUGGAGCAGGGGAUAUGUAUUACUGGGGAGGUGGUGCUCCUCUGGCACAGGGAGAAAGGGGAAGCAUGGCGUCGCUGGACAGCACACUGCGUAAAGGCCCUGCUCCAACAACAUGGAGGCAGCCCGAACUGCCUGAGGUCAUCGCUAUGCUCAACUAUCGUCUGGACCCAGUCAAGAGCAAUGCUGCUGCUUACCUUCAACAUCUCACAUUUAAAAAUGAUAAGGUCAAAUCAGAUGUAAGGCGUUUGAAGGGCAUUCCUGCUUUGGUAUCCAUGUUGGACAACCCGAAGAAGGAAGUCCAUCACUCUGCAUGCGGUGCGCUGAAGAACAUCUCAUACGGACGAGACCCUGACAACAAAAUUGCCAUCAAGAACUGUGAUGGAAUCCCUGCACUGGUGCGCCUGCUGAGGAAGACCAGAGAUCAGGAUCUGACCGAUACCAUUACAGGGACUCUGUGGAAUUUGUCAUCUCAUGAUUCAGUCAAGAUGGAGAUUGUAGACCAUGCACUACAUGCCCUGUCCGAUGAAGUGAUGGUGCCACACUCGGGCUGGGAGAGAGGGAAUGAUGGAGGAGAGGAGAGUUGCAAGCCCCGCCACCUGGAAUGGGAGACUGCUCUUACUAACACUGCUGGCUGCCUGAGGAAUGUGAGCUCAGAGAGGAGCGAAGCCAGGAGGAAGUUAAGAGAAUGCACUGGCUUGGUUGACUCGCUCAUGUACAUUGUCCAGUCCCAGAUUAACUGUAAAGAUGUGGACAACAAGUUGGUGGAAAACAGCGUUUGUCUUUUGAGGAAUCUGUCCUAUCAGGUGCAUCGGGAAGUGCCAGGUUGUGAGCGUUACCAGGAGACUGCGCCUGUCAAUCAAGGCCCUGCCCCUGCUAAUCAGAAGGGUGGAUGCUUCAGCUCUCGCAAGGGCAAAGACGAGUGGUUUUCCAAAGGGAAGAAAGAUGAUGAUGGAACUACAGAUAUAAUUGACAUUCCAAAGAGGACCACACCAGCCAAAGGUUAUGAACUGCUUUUCCAGCCAGAGGUUGUUCGUGUGUACCUAUCUCUGCUGAAAGAGAGUAAGAAUCCUUCUGUUCUAGAAGCUUCUGCAGGAGCCAUCCAAAAUCUGUGUGCAGGCCGCUGGACCUAUGGACGUUUCCUGAGGGCAAUGACGAGACAGGAGAAAGGAUUGCCCCUGUUCACUGAGCUGUUGGCACAUGGGAAUGACCGUGUGGUCAGAGCCAUGUCUGGGGCCCUCAGAAACUUGGCUAUUGAUGCUCGUAACCGGGACCUACUUGGAAGGCACGCUAUACCUAACCUAGUGGCAAACCUACCAGGUGGUGGGCAGAGCCAACCUGUGCGUAACCUCUCUGAAGAGACCGUGGUUUCGGUGCUGAGCACUCUGGCUGAGGUGGUCGGCUCUAGCGUGGAUGCAGCCAAGCUCCUUCGCAGCUCACAGGGCAUUGAGAGAUUGGUGCUCAUUAACAAAGAUGGUAACCGUUCUGACAGGGAGGUACGUGGUGCUGGCCUGGUGCUGCAGGUUGUAUGGGGAUUUAAGGAGCUCCGGCGCACACUGGAGAAAGAUGGCUGGAAGAAAUCAGACUUUGUGGUGAACGUAAACCCUCCUACCAACACCCGCACCAAUGGUGGCUAUGAGGACAGCAGCACCCUUCCACUUAUUGACAGAGGAGGAAAGCAGGACAGAGACAGAAACAUGAUUCCAAUGAAUGACUUGGGAUCAGACUCCUAUGCUACACUGGAUCAGAGAGGACGGAGGAACACUUUGGAUGACACUCUAGAACGCGCCGACAGUGAUAUUCAGGGAGGGAUGUAUGGGGAGAGGCGGGGCUCCAUGCCCUUGUUGGACUCUUACGACGGUUAGGCCACUCCCCCCCUCACCCCACUCAGUGCAUGAGCAAGCAUGAAAAACUGAUAGUGUGUAUUACUCGUGCUGAGCACCCUGUUCCUGCCUACUGUCCCUGCUGAACCUCGUCACGAAGGGACCACAGCCACUAAUCAAUGACACCAAGAACUUCUUCCUCCAUCAUUAUCACCUCUUACUUUCUCUCACCUUCUGCUUCUUGAUCUGUCUUCUAAGAUCCAAGUGACUGACUGCCACUACUAGGCAAAAACUGUAGUCAUUUUUAUUUUCUGGUACUUUAAAUCCAUGCCACUUAUUUUAUAAACUUGGAAACACCAGAGACUGAAAAACACUACAGAACCUUUAUUUCGUUUUGUUUUAUUUUUAUUAUUAUUUUUCUUUUAAAUCUUUUAAGUGUUCUCACGUUAUUUUAUUUUUUAACACUACAUACUGUGCAUUAUGCCCUAAAAUGUGUGAGAUCACUUUCUUAGUUAUUUCUCCAUUAUGAUCUGGUUCAGUUCCUUCCGCUACACUGACAAUUUUUCUUAUUUACUGACAACUUUAUCCAACAUGACACUAUACAGUAAGUAUUCUUGCUACCCCUAAGUAUAUGAUGUCACUGUAUUGCCCCUUAAUGUCUUGAAACACUAAUGACCUUAUUGUAAAACUUUUCUUUGGAGGUUAAAUAGCUAUAAGUGGUUUCCAUUUUUCUGUGCUGAACAUUUUUGCCAAAUUACACCACUGUCUUGUGAGUUACAAUUAAAGACUCAAAGUUAGUAUAUAGUGUAUAUUACAUCUCGUAGAACAUUUUGAGAAGGGAAUUGGGUUCUUUUUGUAAUGAAACCUGUUGCCUCACACAAUUAAGUUACCAGUCUAAGGCACACACUGCUACCCCUCCUUUAUCCCAGUCCCCCAGUUUUUUUUUUUUGUUUGUUUGUUUUUGUUUGUUUUUUUGGGUACUAACACUUUUUGGUUCUCCUUGUCCUAUACUCAGAGCUGGAGCUCUCUGGAUUCAAGUUCCUUCAGAAAAACAGCAUGGAUAAUGACGGCAGAUCAGCACCACUAGUCUGUUGGCCAGAUCUUGCUUUCUGUUUGCUUUCUGAUUACAGACAGAUAUGUAAAUAUGAUGACGUAACACAUCUACGGAUCUUGAUCAGAGUGCCUCACUCAUUGAUAAGCCCAUGGGGCGUGUGUGUGAGUGAGUGUGUUAGAAUGCGGCUUUAAGAAGUGAGUGAGGAGUUUGGCCACCAGUGCCUGUUUGUAUUGCAUUGGGAGGGAGUGAUUUCGGGUGUGCUGGCUUUACAUGAUGGGCAAAGUGCUCCUUCUAUAGACUGCAUAUUCGAUAUGCACAGUGUCUGAUGUAGAUAUUUGCUGAAUGGAUACUCUAGCACUAGGAGUUAAUUGGUUUUUGUUGUUGCUUUGUUUUUGUUUAAAAAAAUUGACCCUGUCCCUUCAAGGCGAUUUCCCCCAAAGAGAUUAUUAAAUCCAUCUUUCCCACCUGUGAAAGAGAGAUACAGUUCAAUAUGGUUAUGUGACUAAAAAAAAGCUUAGCUUUUACACAGAAGGCAUUCAGCAGCAGGCCGGUAGACGGUUUUGAUUUUGAGGGGAGUGAAAGACUUUCUAAAAUCUUGACACAAGUACAUCUAUUACAAGCAAAAUUGAGGGUGAGCUCCGAUUUUGAUUCUAGCUUGAUAUUUAGAUAAAGAAAGAAAUUAAAGCACAUUUAACUAUAUAUACCAGAGAAUAUUUGUUCAUUUUUAAUUAUUUGUUUCCUUUCAGUUUGUCUUUUGUUUUUAUAUUUUAUGAUUGGGAUUACUGUUUUUCUGGGGUUAUUGUGGGUGAAUGCAUAUGCAAUCAAUUUUAUUUUUAAUUAAAUGCAUUUACGGUUUAUACCUUAAUUAAAAACAAAACAACGAAAAAAUCUGUGUCAUGUAUCGUCAGUUGUGCUACACUUUAUAUGCAACAAAAUCGGAUCAUUCUCUUAAUUUUAUCAACCUGCCUUGUUCUUAAAUAUCGCACCUUUUUGUUUCAUGGAUUAAACGUGUAAUGUAGCAAUACUGUUUUUUAAUAAAAAGAAUGAUUUUUUUUUU